AAAAAUAGCUGAAACUUACAUCGCGAAAAUGAGCCAUUAUUUUAUGCCUGUUAUUUGGGAAAGAAUAAUAGAGGGUUUACAUAUUGAGUUAAAUUAGACGAGCGUCCAAUGCGCAAUUUGGGUGCUUGCCGGUAUACUCAAACUAUGAUAGAAAAUGGUUGCUGAUCCAAAUUCAAGGUUUUUUUUUGGGGGGGGGGGAGAUAAUCUGGCGAAUAUGUUUAUAUUAUAGACCACGCCGGAGAAUGUAAUUUCGAGACAUUCUAAUGCCGAAAGAAUGAACGUUUAUAAUUUGUAGUUCACGAAGUCAGCAUCCAACGCCAAUUUACGCCAUUCUAUGUAAAUUUUGGCUUGAAAGUUUUGCGGGUUUUUUUUUCAACGGGUAAUACUUGCCCUGGAAGAAUAUGCCCAUAUUCAACCAUUGUGCCUUUCUAGAAUCAUCUUUUUGAAGUAUUUGCAUCAUUCUGCCUAAUAUAUUUUUAUCUCACAUGAAUUUUUUUUAAGCUUGCUUUUUUUCUCUUCUGGCUAGGCUCUCCUACUUGUCACUUAAAUUGUAUGCUUGAUGAUGACUCUACUUGAAAGACAAUUGUUCUGGGAACUUUUUUGACUUAAGAUCAGAGUAGAAAUGCUUUAAAAAUGCUUAAAAUGUUUGCAGUUUUUCAUUAUAAAUAAACAAGGCCGAUUAGCUCCCAAAUUUAAUAAAACUAGAGUAAAUUUGAUCCUAUCAGAUUUUAUUCUUUCAUACAACAAUAAGAAAUUGUGCCUAUUUUUCAUCUGACAAAUAUCAAAUAUUCCAGUUUCAUCAUUUUGCCUUAUGCGAAGCAAGAGGAAAGACCCUGGAUUAAAGAAACCAAUGAACAAGUAUCUGUAUUCGAUCCUCUUUUAACAUCUCAGCAAAUUCUAAGGGGCAGCAAACAGUUCCCUAAAAGAUUCGGCCCAAAAUCUUUUUUUCUCAAAUUGCAGCCACUAAUUUCAACUUCCCAUCUCCAAAACUAUUUUUAGAAUUGCUCUUGUCUGCAUAUAUUGUGAAAGAACAUAAACAUUUUCAACAGCAAUUCUUCCUAAUUUUCAACAGAAGCAAAGGAAUGUUGAAAUAAAGAACUCGGGAAAUACUGACUCAAGAAAAAAAAGUUGUUCCUACAUCUAUGCACAGCACAGGCAGCAUUAUGUAUGUUUAAACAAUAUGAUAAUUGGCAUUGGAAAAAUAUAUUGAAAUAUGGAACAGUUUAACAAUGAAAGACUAUAACUUAAUAUAACUUAAUGUAUUAUUACUAGAAAUACAUAAACUGGAUGAAUGUAACAACUAUGAAUAUUACUAGUUUUAUCUGUAUUAGAAUGUAUGACACCCAGGUGCCACCCAAGCCUACAAUGUUGAACAAAUCCAGCUUGUAAGAAUUGUUUAUGGUUCAGAGUUUUAACAAAGAAAUUUGGUUGAUUGAAGAAAUCAUAGUUAACAAUGAACAAGCACAUUAAGUUGGCCAGCUCCUGGCAACCACAUAAACUUUUCUCAGACUAACCGAUAUUUUGAUAUGUAAAUAAUUUUAGUUACUACUUUUCAGUAUUUAUGUGCUAUUCACAGUUGUUUUUUUAAAGGCUACCAGCAUUUUUUCAUUUAUUUAAAAUAAGAGCAAUAUUAAAUUUCUAUGCCACUCAUCUCCCCUACAAGGUGAUCCUAGACAGCUUACAAAUUGUGGAAACUAGUGAAAUAUAAACGAAUAGCUAAUCAUAUUAUGUUUCUGAUAAAUAUUGAAUGUAUAUAGCAAUCUAUGUUUGUCCUGAGGCUCUCAUAUAUGGUAUGAUACUAUUUUUUAAAAGAUAGUUUAGACUGAACCUGCACUUUUUCAAGUAACUUUUGUGUAGUUUAUUUAAAUUUAUAUAUGUAUUAUUAUUACUUAAUAAAUGAUUUAUUUGCUUUUUAUAUAAGACUAUUGUUAAUAUAUUAGAUUAUUUUCUGGAUUGUACAGCUUUUAAGCUACUUGUGGUUGUUUCACAAGAAACCCAAGCUACAUUGGGAAAUCUAAGCAGACACCGUACUAAGCAGCACUGCCGUUGUGAAUGAAUGCACACCGUUGAAUCCUACUAAGGGUAGAAUGGCCAGUUUCUGCUCCUUUAAGAACAAAGCAUUGGUCGAUGGUUGCCAGGAGAACCAACCUGAGGUAAUAGGAUAAAGAAAUUCCUUCCUGUCAUAACUUCUUUUUGCAGGCAGGCAUAUUACUAUAGUUAAGGGUCAUUUUGGAGCGUCUAUGUCCUAAAAUAACCCUUCCCACUGGAAUUAACUCCCGCCUGUGAGGUUUUUUUCCCACCCUAGAGUCCACCCGAGCGGUCCACCGCCUGUUCCUUCGUCUUGUUACUACCCGGUCAGUCCAGAUGAGUUCAGAAGGAACACUACUUCCACAGGAGCUACUGAGCAUGCUCGAACUCCCGGAGCAUGCUCAGUGAUAGCCAAACUGCAACUUCUGACGGACGACGAGUUUCACGCGUUUAGAAAAAGGAAGCGCUCCUAGCUCCGCAGUAAACGCCUUCCUGCUGCAGCGGCGGCCGCGGCUGUGUGGCGACAGAGGUGUGGGCUCCUAGAUGGAGCGAAGGGUCAAAGGGAAUCCCGAUCUCUGCUCUCGAAGUGGCGGCUGUCCUAGGGGUCCAGUGCUACACAUCGUGGUGGUCGGUUUCCAUCACAAGAAGGGCUGCCAGAUUGAGUUCUCCUAUCCUUCUCUAAUUCCUGAAGAAAGUCAUGAUAGUAACACUUUGCCAGAGGAAUGGAAAUACCUACCUUUUCUUGCAUUGCCAGAUGGUGCUCACAACUAUCAAGAUGACACAGUGUUUUUCCAUUUGCCACCAAGAAGUGGAGAUCGAAGCACAAUAUUUGGGGUCUCUUGUUAUAGGCAAAUUGAAGCUAAGGCAUUGAAAGUACGGCAAGCAGACAUUACUCGAGAAACAGUACAGAAAAGUGUAUGUGUUCUAAGUCAGCUGCCUCUAUAUGGGCUACUUCAAGCUAAGCUGCAGCUAAUUACACAUGCCUACUUUGAAGAGAAAGACUUCUCACAAAUUUCAAUUCUUAAGGAACUUUAUGAGCACAUGAAUAGCUCACUGGGAGGGAGCUCACUGGAAGGGUCACAAGUUUAUCUUGGCCUGUCCCCACGAGAUCUGGUUCUUCAAUUUAGACACAAGGUUUUAAUUCUUUUUAAGUUGAUUCUUCUAGAAAAGAAGGUUCUGUUUUAUAUCUCUCCAGUUAAUCGACUAGUGGGAGCAUUAAUGACUCUCUUAUCACUAUUUCCUGGUAUGAUAGAACAUGGUUUAAUGGAUUGCUCACAGUACCGACCAAGAAGAAGCACAUCAGAGGAAGUUGGACAAGAAGUGUCACCUACUUCCAGUUACUGUGUUUCUUUUUCUGCUCUGGCACUUUCAAAUGCUAAUUUUGAUACAGUUGGAGAAGGCAAAAAAUUGUCAAGAAACCAAGAAAGAGAUACUCAGAGAGCAGAUGUACCUUUAUUUCAAAUUGAGCAUCAAUCCAGUGAAUUUCAUGUCUGCCAGGAUCAUGAACAAUACUUGAAACCUUCUUUACACACUUCUGCAGAAUCUUCUGAAGGUGACUGGGAAACCUUAGAUCCUAAUCCCCUUGAGGACCCUAACUUGAAAGAAGGAGAAUGUGAAAUUACUUCAGUAGCAGGACAGACUGAAUUUCUUCUGAAGGAGUCAGUUAUUUCCAAAAGUGUUCCAAUUACUGUUCAGCCUCAACCUAAUACAGGACACACAGCCUUUGUACCUGGACUUAUUUCUGGUUUGGAAGAAGAUCAGUAUGGUAUGCCAUUAGCUGUCUUCACUAAGGGAUACCUUUGCUUGCCAUACAUGGCACUGCAACAGCACCACCUUCUCUCUGAUGUAACAAUCCGCGGUUUUGUUGCAGGAGCCACCAAUAUCCUCUUCCGUCAGCAGAAACAUCUAAGUGAUGCUAUUGUAGAGAUUGAGGAAGCUCUUGUCCAAGUCCAUGAUCCAGAUCUUAGAAAAGUCUUAAAUCCUACAACAGCUGAUCUGAGAUUUACAGAUUUCUUAGUGAAGCAUGUAACAGAAAAUAGGGAUGAUGUCUUCCUGGAUGGCACUGGAUGGGAAGGAGGGGAUGAAUGGAUUCGAGCCCAGUUUGGGACAUAUCUCCAUGCCCUACUUGCUGCUACAGUACAGCCAGAUAGUGUGAAAAUAUUGUCUGACUUUGGAACAGCCUUUGUAGCAGCUUGGAAGAAUACUCAUAAUUAUAGAGUGUGGAACAGUAAUAAACACCCAGCCCUCGCAGAAGUAAAUCCUAGUCAUCCAUUCCAAGGACAAUAUUCUGUUUCUGAUGUAAAAUUAAGAUUAUCACAUUCUGUUCAGAACAGUGAACAUGGUAAGAAGAUUGGAAAUGCCAUGAUUACCAGUAGUCGAAAUGUUGUGCAGACAGGAAGAGCUGUUGGUCAGUCAGUUGGAGGAGCUCUCACCAGUGCAAAAUCAGCAGUGUCUUCAUGGCUUUCUACUUUCACCCAGUCCUCUCAAAGCCUUGGGGAAUAAUUCUUCUGGGCUAAGUUUUUUGCAUUUCUUUUAAGAAACCAAAAGGCUUCACUAUAAAAGCAUAGGUACUUGAAUUCAAUUGCAUGAAGAUGAGCUGCAUCACAGGAUAUAAUUUGGCAACUGCUUUUAUACUUCUUUGCUUUAUAUUUGAACCUUGUUCCAGAUUUAUUUUUGUAUUUUGGAGGAUGUCAAUUUAGCUGUAUUUUAAGUUAAAUUGUUUAGCAUUGUUUUUAAGAGUUGAAUUAUAUUUCAGUAUGAAACAUGAUAGUGUAUAUGGAGGUAAUAUUUCAACAUUUAAUACAUAAAAAUAUAUUCACAUUUGUACUUGUAAUAUCUUUUCCCAUCUACAAAUCCAACGUGCAGAAUUGUUUGUUUCAGUAGAACAUAUUUCCACAAAUGUGUUACAAAUGGAAGUAAUUAUAAGUGGGGUAAUGUGAAAUUAAUGAGAUUUAAAUUAGCAGACUUUAAAUAGUCUUUAAAAAAGCUAAGAUAGCAUUUUAAAAUUUUACACCAUCUCACUAUUUAGGUAACAACCAUUGCAGGAUUAGUUAACUUUUCACACCAAAUAAUUCUAGUACUGUUUUUGUUUUUUUGUUAAUGAGAAUGUAGUGCAAUUUCAUGUUAUAUUUAAGUGUCUCAAUCUAAAUACUAACAAAUUAUCUACCUCUCAUCAAUUAGGUUAUCAACUCUUUUUUUCCAUAGCUGCUGUAACAUUUUUGAAUCAGCAUGUGUUAAUUAGUAAUUUUUGCCCCAUCUAUAUAAACAUACAUUAUGUUUAAUCUCAUUCAAUCAUUUUGAAAGAAAAAAGUGAUCUCACUGAUGCUAUGAAAACAUAACAUGGCCCAGUUUAAAACAAUGACUUAACAAGAUAUUUAUUUUGGGACAAUUUUCAUUUUGAAAUAAUCCCAUGGCCACAAUUUCUAAUUUUCCUUUUCAGAGUUGAUGUACUGGUAGGAAGAAUGUAUAAGAUUAUGACAUCUACGUUAUUGAUUAGGUUUUUAAAAUUAGUAGUAUAUUAUUUCUUUCUUGGCUGAAUUUGGUUUUGUUUACCAUAAUCAGAGAUUCUUGUAUUCUGAAUUUAAGGGAAAAAUAUGAUUGUAUCAAUUUUUGGAUAGCACAAGUAUAAAUCUUUAUAAAGAUUAAAUAGAAUAUUUUAUAGGUACAUUGCUGCAUUAUGUGGUAAAUGUUUAGAAAGGACAACUAGUUCCAUUGGAAAGAAGCUAAUUGCUGUUUCCUAACAUUUUGAUAACUGAAAUGUAACAAAUAUCGUGAUUUGUCAUACAACAGUGUUCUUUUAAUAGUGCAUUACAAUUCAGUUCUGCACGUAUAACUUACAGAAUUAGGUUAACUGGGUUUACAAAGAAGCAUUUUACCAAAAGAACUUGCUGUAAAGUUAUCAACUCUGAAUUGGAUUUACAGAUAGCUGGACAUGCUAUUGACUAGUUUAAGCACAAUGAAAGUACUUGUUCUAAUAAAUAAAUAAUUUUCUAAUAAACAGAAAAGUGGAAUAGAAAUCCAAUAUACUGUAAUGUAGUUGCUUUUUAAAUUCUACCAUGACAUAGCUUUUGUUUUGAUUUCCUUGUUGGGAGCUGUUAUACGUACUUUUUACCUAGAAAGAUUACAUCCUUUUGAAAUAAAAUGUAGUAAUGAUUAAAAUUGACAAUCCCAUGCAAAUAUUUAUAAUGUAUGCAUUUUAAAAGUUACUUCAUAUACUGAGAAUUUAAGAAGAAAUAUUUAACCAUAUCAAUAAAGCUAAAAAGUAAAGUCAUCAUAUAUCAAUUUCUGAUCCUUUGUGCACAAAUCAUUGGUUAUAAUGAGAAGCUUUAGGUUCAGUAGAAGUAACCUCUGAACAAGUUGGGAUAGGAACACCAGAUUGCAUCACUUUGUAGAAAGGUUUAAGGUUGUCCAAGAUCUUUCUGACGUAUCUUUAUGAUGGUACUGAUAUUUCAAACCAUGUUGCUUCAGUGAUAUAUAUAAAAAUGCAAUUCAAAUUUAAUAUGAACAAUGUAUCUUUGUAUUGCAGUCAAUAACAACUUCUGCAAUUUGAGCAUUGGAUACAAUUCUUUAGUAGGAAGUUAAAAUUAAAAAACUAUGUUUUACUUAAAAAAACCACCUGGAUUUUAUUUUAGCAUGUUUCUCACAGGGUCAACUUUUCUAUCUAGUAUUCCUGUGGCAUUGCCAUUCAUUGAUAAGGACUACAGAGGUGAGUUGCUCCCAGUUCAGCCGAACCGGUAGUGGAAUUCAGGCCUGGGUCACAGAACCCAGGACUGCCACGCCUCCGAAUGGGUUCCCUUACCGCUGCUGAGCCACUUUGAUUUUUAGUGACUACGCAUGCGCAAUUCACUGUAAAUUGUUCUGCACAUGCACAAAGAACAAAUUACAUUGAACAGCGUACACCCACACAAUGUGCAUCUGGCACAUGCAUCGGUUGCAAACCAGUAGUAAAACAGGCAGCAACCCAUCCCCGACCACAAAAAUAAAGUUUAUUUCAAUUCCAUUUUUAAUUCCUUGUUUUGAUGUUUUUACUAUUAUUCAGAUAGAUCUUACAACGAAAGUCUAAUUUAGCUUUCAUUGUCUUAUGAAAUGGUUUAUACUACCACAUAAUCUUAUUUUGUUGUGACAUGGACUCUGUCUGUGACUCAAACAUAUGAUACUUAUCUGUGAGUAAAAUGAGACACUCACGCUUUAUUCUAGAUAGGAAAAAUGUGAAAAUAAAAGUUGCAUGUAAAAGGAGUAACUGCAAUCUGUGUGCCAUGAAAUCUUCAGUUUCUGAAUACAUUAUAUGCAUCUAAUCUUUCAGGAUAAGCAAAUGAUCAAGAACAGAUAAUAGAAGUAUUUAAUGGAUAUUAUGAACAUCAUACUGAUGCUACAUCUGUACGAACUGAUUAUUUUUGUUUUAGGCACUGGGACUUUACUGUAAAAUUAUAUAUUUGCAUCAUACACAACAGAUAACUGACUUUAGUUUUUAAAACUUUCUUCAAGUAUUUAGAAAUCUAUCACAUUACAAAAUGAAAUAAAUUCUUAAACCUCUCAUCUAAUUUAUAAGUUAUUAAGACUCACAAAAUUAACUUCUGGACAUACAAACAUAAUUGUCCAAUCAUGAGUUAACUGAACUGAAACAUAAUAGUAAAAAUUAGUUGAAAACAACUCUUUAUCAGAGUUCUAAAAGAAUAAGUGUAUAUUGAAUGAACAAAGAAUAUGCUUGUGAUCGAGAAAGUCUAUUAAUGUAUAUGCCUUUUUAGCCUAACAAAAUAAAGUUUUAUUUUUAUGGUAUCUGAAAACAUGUCAUUUGGAUAAUAUAUUGUAACAAAAUAUGGUACAUAGAUUUCAGAACAAACCUAAUUAUUUUUGAUAUGUAGAAACAUUAGGAGCAGAUUUCA